AGGAUUGCAAAAUUGUAGUAGAUUAAGGCAAGCAAGCAAUCAUGGAGGUUUCCAUACUAGAGGCAACUCCCGGGGUGGUAGCGACUAAUCUUUUGAAAAUUGUUACAGAGGCCAAAAAUAAAGCCGUUAACUUCAAAGCCAUACUCGCAGACCUCGAAACCACUAUCAUAAAUUUAGUUCCCAAGGUGAGUAGGAUCGAGCGGUUAAGUGAAGAGUUGGGAGAUUUGCCCAAGGAUGAAAUCCUAAAGUUGAAACUGGAGUUGUGGAGAGCGACGCAGCUUGUCUCCAAGUGCAAGGAGAUAGCUUGGUGGAAUUACUGCAACAAGUAUAGGUACUCAAACAAGCUCCUUCAACUUCAUGCUACGCUUCGUAGGCUGAUUGAAAUGGAACUUCCAGUAGGACACGCAGAGGAUCAUAAGCAGAUCUUGAUCGAGUUGAGAAAUAUUCGGGUAACGAAUACUACGUGUUUUCUGUUAACCAUGUGGAGACUGAAUCUGGGUUUGAAGCAUAAGGAUUUGGAAGAAAGAGAUGGCAAUGGUUCUUCUAGGAUUUCCGGAAAUGGGACAAAGGUUGUACGUGUGGCUUCUGAUGGCGGGUUCAAGAGGAUUGUCCUGUCAGCAUCAAGUUGGAUUAUUUCGUUUUUUAAUCUGCGUUGGAGGUUUUGUGGAUACGACUUCUGAUCGCAUAUAUAGUAUUGUAGUAGUUAAUAUGUAUAAAAUGUUACAUGUCCUAGAUAUUGAUUAGAAUUGUGACAUAAUUGGAUGCAGAAAUUAUGAUUGUAAUUAGCUGAAGUCUAGUAAAUGACCAUUUCCAUUUUUCAAUAAAAUUGAUGUUUUUCCCAGUA